GUGGGCCAACUUCUUUUAACCAAUAGAAAUCUUUGUCUACGUGGGGAGUCCAUGGGUACCCUUUUCGUUGCACUUUUCUAAACCAGGGAUACAUGGAACAAUUUUCAAUAGAAAAAAAAAAAAAAUAGAAAAAAAUUAAAGGCAAAAGAAAACUGAAGAACAUUUGUCGAUGUCUCCAUUAAUUAAUUUAAAAAAAAAAAAAAAAGUUACAACUUACAACAAUAGAGAAAGAAAUGGAAGUUGAUGAUUUCAACCCUGACCCGAGUAAAGCAAAUGAAGCAGAAAAUGGAAAGAUUUUGGUAGUAAUAAUGGUGGGUGCACCAGGCAGCGGCAAGUCCACCUUCUGUGACCUUGUCAUGGGCGCCUCUUCUCGUCGCUGGGCCCGAAUCUGCCAGGACAAUAUUAAUAAGGGUAAAGCUGGAACCAAAGCUCAGUGUAUAAGCACUGCAGUUGUUGCUCUGAAAGACAAAAAAAGUGUAUUCAUUGACAGAUGCAACCUGGAUAAAGAACAGCGUGCUGAAUUUGUGAAGCUUGGCAGUCCUGAAGUAGAUGUGCAUGCUGUGGUGCUUGAUUUGCCUGCUAAGCUCUGUAUCUCACGGUCUGUCAAACGCUCAGGGCAUGAAGGGAAUUUGCAGGGUGGAAGAGCUGCUGCAGUUGUGAAUAGAAUGCUUCAGAAGAAGGAAUUGCCACAGCUGAGUGAAGGAUUUUCUCGGAUCACCAUCUGCCACAGUGAGAGUGAUGUAGAUGAUGCUAUUACAACCUAUAGCAGACUUAGUGCACAGGAUACUCUCCCCUCAGGCUGCUUUGGUCAGAAGAACCCAGAUGCUAAGGUCCAGGUUGGUAUAAUGAAGUUUUUGAAAAAAGCUGACCCUCCUAGUUUGGGUUCUGGUUCAAGUAUGACCCAGAGCCCUUUCUCUAGUAAAUCAAUGAAAGAAUCACAAAUCUGUAGUGAAGGAUCCAAACCUGAUGCCUUUGAAGGGGCCAGUAAUGAGGAGCACAAACAUAAUUUGGCACUGGAGUCUGUUUCUGAUGCUGCGGAUUUGACGAAUGCCAUGGAGGAUUCUUCUUCCCUGGACAUGUCUGCCACCCUGGCUUUCCCUUCAAUUUCAACCGCUGACUUUCAGUUUGACCACGAUAAGGCAUCCGAUAUUAUUCUUGAUAAAGUAGAGGAAUAUAUGAGUAAGUUGAAGAAUGCUAGACUUGUUUUGGUGGAUUUGACUCAUAGAUCAAAGAUUUUGUCUUUGGUCAAGUCUAAAGCUGUACAAAGAAAUAUCAAUCCUGAAAAAUUCUCCACAUUUGUGGGAGAUAUUACUUGUCUGUAUUCUAAAGGAGGCUUACGCUGCAAUGUCAUUGCCAAUGCUGCUAAUUGGCGACUCAAGCCCGGAGGUGGGGGUGUGAACGCUGCCAUAUUUAGUGCUGCAGGCCCAAGUCUAGAGGUUGCAACCAAAAAAAGAGCCAAUUCUCUUGCUCCAGGAAAGGCUGUAGUCAUUCCUGUUCCCGCUGAUUCACCUUUGUUUAUUAGGGAAGGAGUGACACAUGUCAUUCAUGUUGUUGGACCAAAUAUGAAUCCCCAAAGACCAAAUUGUCUGAAAAAUGACUAUGAUGAGGGCUGUAAAAUCCUUCGUGAGGCUUACUCAUCACUCUUUGAAGGUUUUGCAUCCAUUCUUAAGAGGUCUGAACUGCAGGACCACAGUGGGCAGAGAAAUGAGAAUGCUUCUGAGCAAAAGAUGAAGAGAGAGAUUUUACACGAUGAAGAAAGAAGCAAGAAAAACAAGGGACUGGAGCAUGAAGUUGGAUCUGGUAUCAAUGUUUUGUGGAAGGAGGAGAAACAGAACAAGUCAAAGAGUGCAUCUAAAGCUUGGUCAUCUUGGGCUCAAGCAUUGUACAAUAUAGCAAUGAAUCCUGAGAAGCAUAAGAGCACUGUUAUAGAUACGACGACUGACGUUGUUGUACUAAAUGAUGCUUACCCAAAGGCAAAAAGACACAUUCUUGUGCUUGCUCGUUUGGAUGGUCUGGAUAGCCUUGGAGAUGUGUGCCAAGAACACCUUCAGUUAUUGAGAACAAUGCAGCAAGUGGGCAUGAAAUGGACUGAGAGGUUCUUACAGGAGGAUGAAUCGCUAAUUUUCCGCCUUGGAUUUCACUCAGUUCCAUCAUUGAGGCAACUACAUCUUCAUGUCAUCAGUCAGGACUUCAACUCGCAGCAUUUGAAGAACAAGAAGCAUUGGAACUCUUUUAACACUGAAUUCUUCCGAGAUGUAGUUGAUGUGAUUGAGGAUGUUGAGAAAUUUGGGAAACCCUCUAUACAAGAUGAGGGACUUCUAUCAAAAGAGCUGCGAUGCCAUCGCUGUAAGAGCGCUCACCCUAAUAUACCUCGUCUAAAAUCACACAUAAGCAAUUGUCAAGCUCCCUUCCCUGCCAUCCUACUUCAAAAUGGCCGCCUUGUACAAGGACCAACUAAAGUAGAUGCAGACUCAUAGAUAAUGCAGUUUUGGUACAUUAAUUUUGGUUUUGUUGUGUAAAUUAGUUAGUUAUUCAAAGUAUUACACUUUCAGACUGAAGUGAAUUGAAAAUAGCUGCACACAUCAAGUGUGAUUUUGUUGCGUAUAUUGGCUAGUCACUGAUUUCUCACUCUCAUUUUGUACAUCUUUUUCUUUUAGGGAAAUCUUACAUGAAUACUUGGAAGUUUAAACAUUUUCUUUCAAGAAAAAUCUUACAUCUGUUUGGUGAA